UCUUUCUUUAUCUCUGUCUCUGAACUCCGAGGCCUGAGCUAACAGAUCUUCUGGGAAAAAAAACACAAGUAAAUCAACAUGACUGGCAGAGAAAUCCUUCACAAAAUGAAGGUGAAAGCAGGGUUCGGGACAUCAGGAUGCGAUCGAGGGAAAGGUAAAAGCAAAAUGUCAAAGAACAUAACACAUGGAUUUCACUUGAUGAAGGGGAAAUCAGCUCAUGCUAUGGAAGACUAUGUAGUUUCAAAGUUCAAGCAAGAGAAGGACAAGGAAUUAGGGUUGUUUGCCAUAUUUGAUGGUCACUUAGGCCAUGAUGUAGCAAGCUAUUUGCAGAACAACCUUUUCGACAACAUCCUAAAACAGGAAGACUUUUGGACUGAGACAGAAAGUGCAGUGAAGAGAGCUUACCUUAUAACAGAUGACAAAAUAUUGGAACAAUCAUUUGAGUUGGGACGGGGAGGAUCAACCGCCGUAACUGCAAUACUGAUAAAUGGUCAGAAACUUGUAGUAGCAAACGUUGGGGAUUCUCGAGCUGUUCUUAGCAAGAAUGGCAAGCCCAAGCAAUUAUCCAUCGAUCACGAGCCAAGCAAGGAAAAAAAUAUGAUCGAGAGCCGUGGUGGUUUCGUCUCAAACAUUCCAGGAGAUGUGCCUCGUGUAGAUGGAAAGCUGGCUGUAGCAAGGGCUUUUGGUGAUAAGAGCUUAAAGAUGCAUCUUACUUCUGAACCUGAUGUGAUCGUAGAGAAUGUUGAAGAAGGCACAGAGUUCCUUAUUUUGGCAAGCGAUGGAAUCUGGAAGGUGAUGUCAAACCAAGAAGCAGUGGAUUGUAUCAGAAAAGCAAAGGAUGCUCAGGCUGCAGCGAAGCGCUUGAUAGAAGAAGCUGUGGCUAGGAACAGUAAGGAUGACAUAUCCUGCAUCAUUGUCAAGUUCCAGUAAUGACACAAUCUUUUCUUGAAUAAACAAAUGCAAUAUAUAUGUUUAAGCCAGCAGAGGGAACUAAAUUGUAUAAUAUUCUCAUAACAACUCACUGUAUGUCUAAAUCAUCCAAUCGAAUCAAAUGCUGUUUUACUUUUUUCCUCAA